AUGGGUGCCUUCCAAAAACCUCAAUCUUCAAGAUCAAAUUUUCAAUUUUCAAACAUCUCAACAGAUCCAUUUGCAAUUUCCACAAUAUCAAUAGCUUUAAUAUCAUGGAUCAUAGCAUUUGGUGGGGCAAUAGCUGCUUCGUUGGUUAAAGAUCCAAAUAACUCCUUCCCAAAUUUCUCUUGGUGGGGGAUAGUGUUUGAACUUGUAUUGUUAAUCAUGCUGUUUUGUUUUUAUACAUUUGACUUAAUUGAUCAAUAUAAAAUUUUCUUAACUUCAGCAUUUGGUAUUGCAUUUGUUUACACCACAAACUCUGCUACAAGUUUAGUCUAUUCAUCUGGUUCAGGAAAAGCGGCUGCAUCUGCUGGUGUUAUUUUAUUAUCUAUGGUUAAUUUGAUCUGGGUUUUCUAUUAUGGUGGUGAUAAUACAUCUCCUGUUAAUCAAUGGAUUGAUUCAUUUUCAUUAAGAGGUCCAAGAAGUUCAAAUAACCCUUUUGCUCAUCAUAAUCAAUUACAUGGGAAUUAUAAUGGAUUUGGUGUUUCAAAUAAUAAUGUUGAUGAUUAUAGAGGUUCAACAGUUUCAAAUCAAAGAUUUGUAUCUUCAACAAGAUUAAAUGGGUUAGAAAACUUGAGUGAAAGAAACACAGAUACAAAUAAUACUCCAAUGUAUGAAAAUAUCAUCCCUGAGAAUCAUGAUGAUAAUAAUGAUAAUAUCAACACAAAUAUAAGUAAUGAACAAUUUGAUACCAAUUUAAUGAUUGAUGAUUUCCCAUAUACUGCUAGAGCUUUAUAUUCUUAUGAGUCAAGUCCAGAAGAUGAAAAUGAAAUAUCUUUUGAAAAAGGUGAAAUUUUAAAAGUUAAUGAUAUUCAUAGUAGAUGGUGGCAGGCCAAGAGAUCAAAUGGUGAAAUCGGUAUUUGCCCAAGUAAUUAUGUUGAAUUGAUUGAAUAA